AGGCUUCACUUUAUAAAAAAAUCUGUCAUAGAAUUAGAACAUUCUCAAGGGUUUUGCGGAGUUCUGAUCAACAGAUCGGUUAAGAAUGGCGGUGGAGGCGUCGAGAAUGACAGGGACAGUUUCCAAGUUCAAUAACCCAAAGGGUUACGGUUUCAUCAAACCUGAUGAUGGAUCCGAAGAUCUGUUCGUUCAUCAAUCAGAGAUCAAAUCUGAUGGCUACCGUUCUCUCUACGAAGGCCAGAAAGUGGAGUUCACCAUGACUGUGAAGGGAGAUAAGUAUCAGGCUAUUGAUGUCACUGGGCCUGAUGGUGCUCCUCUCGAUAGUGGCGGUAAUGGCAGGGGAAACAGUAACAGUCGCGGGGGUGGGGGUUACGGUUAUGGUGGUGAUGAUGGUGGUUAUCGGAGGAACGGCAAUGAUGGUGGAUAUCGUAGCGCCGGUGAGUGUUAUAACUGUGGAAGGACGGGACAUUUGGCUAGGGACUGUGAUCGCAACAGUGGAGGUGGAGGUGGAGGUGGUGGCAGAGGCGGGUGUUAUAACUGUGGUGCGGCUGGACAUUUAGCUAGGGAUUGUGACGGUAGUAGUGGCGGUGGUGGUGGAGGAGCAAGUGGUGGUGUCUGUUACACUUGCGGUGGGUAUGGCCACAUGGCUCGAGAUUGCCCGAGUGCUGGUCGUGUUGGCGGCCGUGGCGGUGGAGGUGGUGGUGCUUGUUAUACAUGCGGUGCACAAGGACACUUGGCAAGAGACUGUCCCGGUGGGGGAGGUGGUGGUGGUAGUAAUUUUGGAAGAUCUGGUGGUGGUAAUGGAGGAAGCAAGUGUUACAACUGUGGAGAGGCGGGUCACUUUGCUAGAGAAUGCACUAGCCAGUCCGUGAACUGAUCAUGGGUGUCAUCAGCAACAUUUACAUUAGUAAACCAGUGCAGUUAUACAGUAUGGCCGGGGAUAUUAUCCGGUGCUGGAACAUCCCCGAUUUCUCCUACUGGAUUUCAGCUGAAUCCAGGACAGGCC